CCGUCGCGCCGUCAGUAGUCCGGACUAGCAAUGCCGGUGGUUUGACGUUCGCGACGUGCACUUUUCACCCGCUCUCCGCGCGUACUACGCUCUUUUCUUCUGUUCUUCCUCCUUCACGUCUUCUUCAUUAUUAUUAUUUUCUCCCUACUGCACGACGUUCCCGUCCUUCCGGCCUACGAUUUUUGGCCGCAAUUAUUCUAGUCCUACCGCUAAACGUUGUCCUAGGCCUAUCGUGUACCCCACCACAUUACAAUCAGCACCUUAAGCAGUACCUCUUGAUCGCAAAUGUCCUGUACCUUACCCUCCGAUAUCGCACAGUGAGUACACGUAGUAACGAAUAUCUUAGUGCGCUCAAAAUCACGACCGAUUAUAAUAUUGAUGUAAUAGAAAUAAAAUCGCCUUUGACAGAGUCGACUUACUGGUUUUAACGAAUUAUCUGCUAUUAAAAGUGCAUAAAUAUAUCAUAGUAACUUUUGUCACUUGAUUAUCGUACGUUAAUUAUUAAAUAGUGCGAUAAGAAUUAAACGUGUGACUGUUAAAAUUAAUAUACGAGGUGUAAACACUCCUGCUAAUUUUUGGAAAUUGAUGGGAACGGAUGGUAUAAAGACCGUUUCGAUGAGAAAUGGAAUCGCAAAUGGAACAGGACCAGAACAGGCCCGCCGAGUUGUUGUCACCCUCAAGGGGACGGAGGAAACAGGCGAAACCUCAGCGAAAAAAUGUGGAAACCGAAGACUGUGACAUCGUCGGCGGACAUCUACAAGGUAUGACACUGUGCGAACAGGAUGACGAGCUCAUCAUCAACCCGGACACCAAUCACAAUCACCAGCCCUUGUUGUCGGACACUGACAAUAGCGGUUUUAAGGGACAACUUGACGGCGCACGCCGAACAGCCAUCUCCGAGGACCACAACACUAAAGACUCGUCUACGUCGGCAAACGAUGAAUGGGGGGCCGGACGUAAAGAUGGAGACGAGGAGAGAUGUGCGGUAGAUGACAAAAAAGUGAUUAUCGACAACAGAGUAAAAAGAGAAACAAACGUGACGCUCAUGGACUGUGACAAAGUGCCCUUGCCCGGAAUGAGCUUGGAAGGCCUGCUCAAGGAUUACCAAGACCAGCAGCAACAACACUGCUGUCCGUUUUGCCGCGAUCCACUGGAUUCUAUGGGUUCGCUCAAGGAGCACUUGGACAACGGUUGCCGGGCUCGGCCUUCGUCUCAACCUUCGCCACCAGCUUCGCAGACUCCCAUCGGCGGCCAAUACGGUUGCUUGCAAUGUAACGCCGCUUUCGGUAACCGCGACCUGUUGGAGAAACACGAACUUCUGCAUUCGCCCAACGCCCAAGUGUCGUGCAAGGUGUGCAACAAAACAUUCGCCAACGUGUAUCGUCUUCAGAGGCACAUGAUAAGUCACGACGAGAGUGCCGUUUUACGAAAAUUCAAAUGCCCGGAAUGCGACAAGGCAUUCAAAUUCAAACACCAUCUCAAGGAACACAUUCGUAUCCAUAGCGGCGAAAAGCCAUUCGAGUGUUCUAAUUGCGGCAAACGGUUCUCGCACUCUGGUUCCUAUUCGAGUCACAUGACUUCCAAGAAGUGUCUGAUCAUGAAUCUCAAAGUCGGCGGUCGUGGAUCACAAAUGAAUCGUACCGGAAGUACAGUAUCCAUUGUGCAAAACAACAACAAUAAUAACAACAAUAGUUAUCAGCCAAAACAACGUCAAGUUCCUAACAACAUCGUCCACAACAACAACAACAACAACAACAGCAGCAAUCACAACAAUAACAACAAUUCUUUCUCGCCUCUAUUGCCCAAGUACGACGUGUCUGCACCUCCAUUUUACCAUCCUCAGUCGCAAGCGACCAACUUCUACUUCCCGAGCCUGUUCAACGCCCAAAGCAACUUUAAUAUACACAACUUACUUCCUUCGGUCGCACUACCUCCGAAAAUUGAAGCGCUGCCCGAUGAACCGUCCGCCGAUAAAAAAACCGACGACGACGAAAAGUGCAGUGUAGGCGGUGCCACGGGUAGCGGUGCGGAAGAUGACGAAAAGUACGAAGACAACGAAGUCGAUGUAGUUAGUGUCAAGAAAGAGCAAGACGACGAAGAUUCGGUCACUGCUGCAGCGGUGGCGGCCGAAAAUGACGCAGUCAAGAGACUUUUGGAGACGGUGAACGUAUCCGUUACCAAACAAUUACUGAUGGCCAACGCUGCUGCGGUUGCACAUCACCAACAACAAGUGAGCACCUCAUGCGGUUCGUCCGGUUGUCCGAGUGUGGUGAGUGAUUCGCCACCUUACCAUCACGUAAACCGAACAGAGGGCUUGGCGGCCAAACUAGAAGAUUCCAUCGGCGGGACCGGCGGCAAGAACAACGGCUAUGAUGCCGGUAGCGACUGUUAUACGGACGACGAACAUCGGCCGUGUACCACCGAAGAAGAAGACUCGAUCGAUCAAGACGGACGUAAGAUAAGAGUCCGAUCGCAAAUUGCAGACGACCAAUUGGCCGUGUUGAAAGAGUGUUAUGCUGCCAACCCGCGGCCGAAGCGCGAAGAACUUUGCCGCAUAGCCGAUCGCAUCGGGUUUAGCGUGCGUGUCGUCCAAGUAUGGUUCCAGAACAACCGGGCCAGGGACAGGCGCGAAGGUAGACUUGUACACAUGCCGUACUCGCCGGCGUCAUCGGUUUUACACGUCGAACAGCCGUUAGACUUGUCCACUAAACGCUACAAAGAAGUGCAAGACGAAUGCGGCGCCGUAAACUUGUCGCUAAACGUGUGUUGGACAAACAACCGAAGUGACUGUUCUGGAUCGCCGCCGUCCUCCACGUCCUCGACAGUACCCGCAGCUCGCAGAGCAUUCGCCUCGGCCGUUCCACAACAACACUCCCCGUCAUCCGGUUACUCGCAUCCCGCAUCUCAUUCUCCCAUACCCGCAGUGGCGUUGCGCCAUAACGACAGCCUGAGUCCGUCGUCCGAGAAAAGAUCAUGGAAAAGGGGAUACGGAGAUUGGAGUGACAUGACGGACGAAGCGGAAGACUCGGGAUGCACGUCCCAAGACCCUGAUGACAUGGUGUCCACUGGCGGUAGUGUACAGUUGACCGUCACCCCUCCUAGUAAAAAAUCAAAGACUUCGCUCGAAUCUGCAGACAUACCAGAUCAGAGACCUCAUAAAUGUGACGUAUGCCCUAAAGCAUUCAAACACAAACACCAUUUGACUGAACAUAAACGAUUGCACAGCGGUGAAAAACCUUUUCAGUGUUCUAAAUGCAUGAAACGAUUUUCACAUUCAGGUUCCUACAGCCAACACAUGAAUCACCGAUUUUCCUAUUGCAAACCAUACAGAGAGUAAACUAUGUUAAACUUACACGAGUUUUUGAUAGUGAUUCUUGAUUUUUUCUCACUGUGUGUGUAACUUUUAUAUUAUUACAUAAGUUGCGACCCUCGUCUACUUACCAAAAUUUUGUUUAUAUUAUUAUUCAUAGCAA